AGAGCUUGUGUGUUUUUUGUUAGUGUUUAUAGAAAGAGUCUGUGUCUGUCUAAAUAAGAAUGAAAAGAGAGCAAAACCGCCAGCUCUUUUGCAUUUGCUGCUUUCACUGCUUACCAGAAAACACCUUCUACAACAUCCCUACCAACUCUCUUUCUCUCCUUUGUUUUCAUUAAUCUUAGCUUUAAGUCCUCACAAGCUUUUAACCUCUGUGAUUAUUUUGUCAUUUAUAGCUUUGGCUUGUGAAGAUCAGAAACUAUGUUUUUUCCAGCUUUGUUUAUCCAUUCUGUUUCUUUCUUAGUCUGCUUUAGAUUCCAGAUUUGAACAAAGUGUCACACUUUCCUUUAGAAACAAGUUUUUUGUACUGAGAAAAUGAAAGUUAAGUACUCCAUACGUAUUUUACUCCAAGUUUCUUUGCUUUAAUUUACAAAAAAAGUGCGCUUUUUUUUUUUGGUUUGCUUUGAUCUUCGUGCGCUUUUAAUGAUUGAAAAUUUCGAGUUCUGGGUUUCAUAGAGGAUGUGCUAGCUUGAAUUCACUUUGUCAGUAGGAAAUUUCGGAAUGUAGCGGGAGUAGGGACUGUUUAAAGUCAUCAAGUUCAAAUUUUUCCCAUCUGGGUCUCUUUCAAAUCAAGUGUUUAGAAGAGAUUUGCUUGUUUUUGGAAUCUACAUUGGGUUCAAGAGGCUAAAGGGUGUGCAGAUUUGAUGAUUUUGAUGAGUUUUGGCUCAGACCCAUGAAGACUUUCUACUGGUUUAAGCAGAUUGCAAACAAUGGGAAAUCCGAGAGGAGGCUCUCUCUUGGAGAGUACGAGCGAGCAGUUUCAUGGUCCAAGUACUUGGUGUCUUCAGGGGCAGAGAUAAAGGGAGAGGGAGAGGAGGAGUGGAGCGCAGAUAUGUCACAGUUAUUCAUUGGGAACAAAUUUGCAUCAGGAAGGCAUAGUAGGAUCUAUAGAGGGAUAUAUAAGCAAAGGGAUGUGGCUAUUAAGCUAAUAAGCCAGCCUGAGGAGGAUGAGAACUUGGCUUCUAUGCUUGAGAAUCAGUUUAUUUCAGAAGUUGCUUUGCUUUUUCGGUUGAGGCAUCCGAAUAUCAUUACCUUUUUUGCAGCUUGUAAGAAAGCUCCUGUGUUCUGUAUCAUCACCGAGUAUUUGGCUGGGGGUUCAUUAAGGAAGUACCUCCAUCAUCAGGAACCACAUUCUGUUCCACUCAACCUAGUUCUGAAAUUAGCCCUUGACAUUGCCCGCGGGAUGCAAUAUCUUCAUUCUCAAGGGAUACUUCACAGGGAUCUGAAAUCAGAAAAUCUAUUGCUAGGGGAAGAUAUGUGUGUGAAGGUAGCAGAUUUUGGUAUUUCAUGCUUAGAGUCUCAGUGUGGUAGUACAAAGGGUUUCACAGGCACGUACCGUUGGAUGGCUCCUGAAAUGAUCAAAGAAAAACACCAUACAAAGAAAGUUGAUGUUUACAGUUUUGGCAUUGUUCUGUGGGAGCUUUUAACUGCAUUGAUACCAUUUGACAACAUGACUCCAGAACAGGCUGCGUUUGCAGUCUCCCAGAAGAAUGCAAGGCCGCCAUUGCCACCUGCAUGUCCUAUGGCACUUAGUCAUCUCAUCAACAGAUGCUGGUCAAGCAAUCCAGAUAAACGGCCACAUUUUGACGAGAUAGUUUCAUUGUUGGAGAGUUACGCUGAGUCAAUUGAGCGGGAUCCAGAAUUUUUCUCAUCCUUCAAACCUCCCUCUGAUCACACUUUUUUGCUAUGCUUCCCAAAAUGUAUUGCUCGCCAUAGAUCUGCUUCUAUAAAAGCCUAGAUUCUCCUCUAUAACUACCUAUGAUGCAAGAAUGUACCAUAUAUUUGUCUAGGCUUGUAACGUUCAAUUUUUAUUAUGAACAUUUUAAAGCCUUUUGUUUUAGUGUUCAAUAUUUUGGAACUUAAUGCAGUUCCUUUCAAUGGUAUUAUAGUACUUCUAUCUA